ACCGUAACAACACGCACGUUACCGAUAGAUUAGCUCUCCGCAACGCUUUUAGACCACUACGAAAACGACUUUAUAGGUGAUUCGGACAGUAACAAUAACGUUGCUCUGGUGGGCGAACAGGAAGAAUUAGCGGCUAACGACUCUGACAGCUCACAGGGCAGGAUAAAACCGACAAGCAUAACAAGCAGAAGAAAAUAUAGGAACCACAGCACGGAGCGUAGGGAUACUCCACAUCUUCACAUCUGCUUUGGAUGCUACAAAUGAGCGUACCUGCAGUGACGGCACAGAAAUCAGACGGCAACAACGGUGAGAUGCAAUCAGCUGCAGUGGCUCCCUCCUUCAUCCCCAGCCAGGCGGGGAAGAUACCGGGCAGGAAGAGAGGGAGACCUCCGCUCCGCAAUGUCGCCAAGAUGGAUUUUCCUAAUCGCUACCCUGAAUCGCUCCCUCCACUCAAAGUGCCCAAGAAGAGGGGGAGAAAGCCGGGCUUCAAGCUCAAACCCAGGAUGGUGAUGACACCACUGGCUAUUUCUCCACCCAGCAGCACCCCAGAGCCCGAUAUGAGCUCCAUUCCUCAGGAUGCUGCCACCAUCCCCCACUCUGCCACGCCCCAGGUGCUCACAGUCUGUAUCUACAUCAACAAGCAGGCGAACACUGGGCCCAACCUGGACAGGAAGAAGAUCCAACAGCUUCCCGAUCACUUUGGGCCCGACAGACCCUCUGUGGUGCUUCAGCAGGCCGUUCAGGGCUGCAUCGACAGUGCUUUCCAGCAGAAAACGGUGUUCACUCUCCUCACGCAAGGCUACGGAGGAGAAAAAAUAUCAGCCACAUUUGAUGGGAAGCAGCAUCUUCUGAGCCUCCCCGUGGUGAACAGCAUCGACUAUGUGCUUCGUUUUCUGAAGAAGCUCUGUCGCAGCUUGCACUGUGAAAACCUUUUCAGUGAUCAGCCCAUUACACAGCACAGCGGUGGCUCCUACCAGUCAGAUGCUGAAACAUCAAUGGCUGAUGACUACCAUUUAGACCAGUCAGAUGGCAAACGCUACUCCGUUGACCCUGGCGAUUCCGCUUUCAGCUCCAUAAGCUCGUCUUACUCACCAAAGUCCACCUACGGGUUUCGCUCUUCACAGCAGUUCUCUAAUGGCUCAGCCUCCAUGUGCAGGCAGUCAUCCACCAGCCCAAACACGUUCCCGGAGAGCAACAGGACAGGUUAUAAUGUGUCUUCAGAAUCGCAGGAGUCCAAAGCUCCGCCCAAUAAAGACCCAUCCACCUGGUCUGUGGAAGAUGUUGUAUGGUUCAUCAGGGAUGCAGAUCCCCAGGCUCUAGGUCCUCACGCAGAUGUCUUUAGGAAACAUGAGAUAGAUGGAAAUGCUUUGUUACUCUUAAAGAGCGACAUGAUCAUGAAGUACCUCGGACUCAAGCUGGGGCCGGCCUUGAAGCUUUGCUACCACAUCGACAAGCUUAAGCAGACUAAGUUCUGAAAACUGACUACAGUUUAUUAACCUCUUAAAUCCAGCAGAAUAUUUGAGGAAGGUCACAUCUGGGGAAGGCAGGUCUGUCAGCCAAUGGGAAGAAAGUAGAGUCAUGAGGUGUGCCGCUUCAUUUAGAGUCCCCGGAAGUAAGAUGCAUCUGUUCCUUAUCUGCCCCAAAAGUAUAAAAGCAAAUCGGUUACUAGUUUUGUCCUUUUUUUCACCCUGAAUGAGAAGAUAACAGAGCAAAAAUCUAAGAAAGAAAUUAGUUACUGAAUAACCGUAUCUUCGGUCUUUCAUUUAUCUCUAUCAUGAAGGUAUUUGUUGGUAACUUUAGCACUUUAACAUUAGCAAGGUCACACCAUAAGACCGUAUCCAGCUAAAUCCUGUAAAUGUUAGGUUGAUUAACUAGUAUCACAGAUUAGUUUGGUUCUUACAUGGUAAAAAUCUGCACAUAUUGUUUUUUUUCUUUAAAGUUACUGUAUCAAACAUGAUAAUGAGCAUCAUUUAAUAACCGUAUUAUUCAUUUGGAGUCAUAUUUAUGGGUGCCAGAUUCCACUCAACUUAAAUUGAGUGUUUGCUCUCUUUUAACUCCUAUUUUGGUCUCCACCACCUCCUAAAACGCUAGAUGCUCCUUUUUGUUCACUGUUGGGCUCCUAAUUCUGACAGUCAGUCCUUUAGUGCUGAGCAGAUAAAGUAUAAAUGGGUUGUUGAGAGACUCUUCACUUAAAUCUGUAGUGGCAAAAAAUGACGCUAUGUAAAGAAGAAGCUACUUUCAGCUACUCCCUUAUUCACAAGGGGUCUCCACGUGUUUGUUUUUUACACCAGAUUCCCUUCCUGACAUCCUAAGGCACCUAAGGGAUUUGUGUCUCCUUCCAGGAUUAAACUGGGGAUCUUUAAGUUGUUAGGUGACUGCGUAAACCACUACACUAUGCUAUGAGAUUGACCCAAAAUAGCCAGACAGCUAAACAAUAAGCAAACACUGUGUAAAGGUAAAUAAAGCCAAGAGGAUCUGACGAUUCAGUCACUGCAUCCGUUGUGCACUACACCCAACCACCUCAUACUGAUUAUAAAAUACUCGGGGGCAGAGAGACUCUGAACUGGUGCACCUCAGACCUGGACAGCUUACUCCCUUGCCAUUGGCUUACAGAGCAGAAAUGAGUGUUUUGCUAAGUUUCCCAGAGUUAUGAUUCAUCCCUCCCUCUUGUCUUACGUCUGGCAUAAAGUUUGAUCUAAACCCAUCAUAUUGUGGAAUACAUCCUUCAUACACAUUAUAUAACAUAUUUGUAAUCAUUAAAAUAACGCCAACUUUUGUCUCACAAACCUUCAUUAGCAGAACAUCUGUCUGCUGCAGAUUAUAUAUACAGUAUAUCCGUCAUCUGACAAGCAAUGUAUAACAGAAAACACUUUAUACCUUAAGAAAGUCUCAUUUUGUCAAAUGUCACUAUCCGAUCUCGUUUACUCGUGUUUACCAAGCUGAAAAAACAUAUCUACGAGUGUAUUUAAAAAAACGGUGCAUUAAAGACUACGUCGCUUUUUGAUUGAGAGAUUUAGAAAAUCAUUUUUGAUACUAUUUUUUCACAUUACUGUAUGACGAAAAAGUAAUGUUCCCAUUGAAUUUGCCUUUCUUUUUUUAAUUAUAAGUUUCAUAUUAAAAACAGUACAGCCUAACAAAAACAGAACAAUAGCCUACACAGAAGGACAGCAGCUCUCUUGUACAUACACAUAUAAAGAAAAGUGAGAGCUUUGUGAACGUGAUAUAUUAAUGUUUUAAUAUGCAAGAUUGUUACACGCCGCCUAUCUCCAUAGCCUCUUUAUGUACAGUCAUAAGAACAUUUUUUUUAAAUUAUAUGUUUCUAUGUUUUUAUCGAGCAUCAGUGUUGAUACACAAGUUGUCAGAACACACAAAACACUUAAAUGUUAUACUGAGAAAACCCAAAAGGCCAUGUAAAUGGGUAUAUAAGAUGAUAUUGCUUUUGUAUACCACUUUUGGUGUACAGUAUGCAUUCUUUUUUAAUCAAUUAACCUUUGUAAGUGAAUGCUGCUGUAAAGAUAUUCCAUGUAAGCCAUGCCUAGUGAGAUCAAACUAAGCUGUUUUAUUUUGAAAGUCACUAUGAAUAAGACUUUUAGAGAAAGCUGAGUGGGUCAGUGCUCUAUACCGGUGCUAAAAGUUAUCAGCGUAUUCAACUGUUUGCUUUUGUGUUUGUGAGAUGUAAAGGAAAACAUAUGUGUAUGCUGUAUUGUAUGUGAGCAUUAAAUUAAGAAGUCAAGUAACCGGA